AUGACAUCAACACGACGCGAAAUCGAAGACAGCGAUUCGCCGAACCGAAGAAACAAGGAAGACGAAGAGGAAGAGAUUGACGUCCGUCGAUUCUUCGCUCGAACUGCCGCAUCUCUUCUGGACCCAUAUCCCCCGACGACCGCCGCCGUCGUCAACGACCCCCGAGCGCCUGAGUUCGUUUCCUUCCUAAACCUCUUCUUGAACGCCGAGUCCCGAGUUGAAAGUCUCGAUUCUCGGCCACCCAGUACUUCACCGGACUUCUCAAACGCAUAUACUGCUCUUCUUCUUGCUCUUGUCUCUUUUGGGGUUUUCCAUCGCCGAUUUGUGUUUGUUUUAAUCGCUGAAUUGGCCGACGGAUAG